AUGGGAGCCGAUCACCCAGCUUUCACACUAGCCGGCCUGUUGGCUGCGGGCGGAACAAUGGGAUUUGUCAAGGGCGGCUCAAAACCGUCUCUCAUCGCAGGCGUUGGAUUGGGCGCUUCAUACGGCGUCGCGGGCUACCUCCUCAAGGAGAACAAGGAUUACGGCUCAGAGCUUGCACUUGGAAGCAGUGUUACUCUGCUCGGCGCGGCAACAAGCAGAUGUAUUAAGACCAAGUUCAGGGCUCCUGUGCCACUUGGUCUCUUUGCUACAGGAGGGUUGGCCACAUGGUACUUCUUUAAGAAGUACAGAGAGUUCAACUACGGUGUUUAA